AUGAUGGAGCUCAUGCUGUGUCUGCUGGUCCUCGGCUCAGUGGCCAUGAAGGAGGCUGUCAGUGGAGACGUGUGUGUGUCGGGUCAUGACAGCGGGCCAGUGUUUGAAGAACAGCCAAGCAGUUUAAUUUACCCAGAGGGCCUGAGUGAAGGCAAGGUCACCCUCAGCUGUCAGGCCAGAGCCAGUCCAGCUGCUUCCUACAGGUGGCUGGUGAAUGGCACAGAGGUCCCUCUGGGUUUGGACCUGCGCUACACCCUGGUGGCCGGCAGCCUAGUGAUCAGCAGCCCUGAGUCUGUUCGAGACACCGGCUCUUAUCAGUGUCUUGCUAUCAACCGCUGUGGCACCAUCAUCAGUCGUGCAGCUAAUCUCAAAUUUGGCUACCUCAAUGACUUCCCACCGGACAGCAGGAGUCCUCAGACAGCGUAUGAAGGCAUAGGAACUUUCCUGGCCUGCCAGCCCCCUCCGCAUUACCCAGCUCUCUCCUACCGCUGGUUAAUCAACGAAUUUCCCAACUUCAUCAAGAAGGACGACGGCCGCUGGUUUGUGUCGCAGGUUACAGGGAACUUGUACGUGGCCAAAGCAGAGUCCAACGACACCGGGAACUACUUCUGCUUCACCACCAUCAACAUGGAUAUCAGCACCAAGAGCACCUUCAGCAAAGCCAACCUGCUCACUGUGCUGCCUGAUGCUAAUCCCAGGAAGUCAGCUCCGAGCAUCAAAGUGCGCUUCCCAGCAGAGACCUACGCCCUCGCAGGACAUACCGCUCAGUUAGAGUGCUUUGCCUAUGGAAAUCCAGUCCCAAAACUGCGAUGGAGGAAGGUGGACGGUUUGAUGCCGUCCAAGGCAGGCUCUAGUGCUGGAGGUCCCACCCUCAUCCUGCCAGAACUCUCCUUCGAUGACGAGGGUGUUUACGAGUGUGAAGCCUAUAACUCAGAGGGAAGUGACACAUACCAGGGACGCAUCAGUGUCCAAGCUCAGCCAGAGUGGUUGCAGGUGAUGAGCGACUCAGAGGUGGAGAUCAGUUCAGAGCUACACUGGAGUUGCAUUGCUGCCGGUAAACCACGACCCUCCGUACGCUGGCUACGCAAUGGGCAGCCACUCAGCACACAGGACCGGGUAGAGGUGAAUGGGGCUCGCCUUAAGAUUAGUAACCUGGCUCUGGAGGACUCUGGGAUGUACCAGUGUGUUGCUGAGAACAAACAUGGCACCAUCUACUCUACUGCUGAGCUCAGAGUCCAAGUUCAGGCUCCAGACUUCAGGUUGAAUCCAGUAAGGAAACUGAUCCCAGCAGCAAGAGGCGGGCAGGUCAUGAUCGAGUGUCGUCCUCGAGCUGCCCCAAAGCCCAGCCUGUUCUGGAGCCGUGGGACAGAACUGCUCACCAACAGCAGCAGAGUUACAGUAACUCCAGAUGGGAUCUUGUGGAUCCACAACAUAAGCAGGGCAGACGAAGGGAAAUACACCUGCUUCGCUGAAAACUACCUGGGCAAAGCCAACAGCACCGGACACCUGUCUGUCAGAGAUGCCACUAAGAUCACGCUGGCUCCCUCCAACGCUGACAUCAAUCAAGGGGAGAAUGUGACGCUGCAGUGUCAUGCCUCCCACGACCCCACCAUGGACCUGACCUUCACCUGGGUCCUCAACGGGGUCCUGCUGGACCUGGAGGACUCCGCCGGGCCGUACCACCGGGUGGAGGGGAAGGAAAACAUCGGUGACCUACUGAUUGUGAAUGCUCAGCUGAGUCAAGCGGGGAUGUACACGUGCACAGCUCAGACUGUGGUGGACAGCGCCUCAGCUUCAGCUAAACUGGUGGUUCGCGGCCCCCCGGGACCUCCUGGAGGUUUACUGGUGAAGAAUGUGGCUGAGACAUCAGUGGAGCUCAGGUGGAGCCGUGGCUAUGAUAACCACAGUCCCAUCGGUAAAUAUGUCAUCAUGGGCCGAUCAUCGCUCUCAUCAGAGUGGAAGAAAAUGAGGACAGACCCAGUUAACAUCGAGGGGAACGCAGAGUCGGCUCGUGUGAUGGGUCUGAUGCCCUGGAUGGACUAUGAAUUCCAGGUCAUCGCCAGCAACAUCCUGGGCAGCGGCGAGCCCAGCAUGCCCUCACACACCAUCCGCACACAGCAAGCAGCUCCCACAGUGGCCCCCAGUGGACUUGGAGGAGGAGGAGGAGACCGCAAUGAACUCAUCGUUACCUGGACGCCCAUGGCCAGAGAAUACCAGAAUGGUGAUGGCUUUGGCUACAUCCUGGCAUUCAGGAAGAAAGACACAUCAUCUUGGACUGUGGCGCGUAUUCCUCACGUGGAGUCAUCCCGAUAUGUUUACUACAAUGACAGCGUCACACCGUAUAGUCCCUUUGAGGUGAAGAUCAAAGCUUACAACCGCAGAGGAGAAGGCCCUUUCAGCCAGAUCGCUGUGGUCCACUCUGCAGAGGAAGAGCCCACAGUGGGACCAUUGAGCAUCAACGCCACGGCACUGACCGCCUUUGAGAUCCAGGUGUCAUGGGAGCCCGUCCAGCAGCUCAGCGCCAAUGGUAUCCUCAGAGGUUACGAGAUCCGGUACUGGCGGCAGCAUGAACGGGAAGCGGCAGCAGACCGAGUGCGGACAGCGGGACUGGAAACAACGGCCAGAGUGUCUGGACUUCGACCCAGCACGCGAUACCAUGUUGCUGUUCUGGCAUACAACAGCGCCGGCACCGGGCCACCCUCACCACGCACCACCGUCACCACCAGGAAACCACCUCCUAAUCGUCGUCCAGGCAAUGUGUCAUGGAGGACUGAUGGCUCAUGGGUAAUGGUGCGGUGGGACCAUGUGAAGGCCAUGCACAAUGAGUCUGCUGUACUGGGCUACAAAGUUCUGUACAAACAUGAGGGCCAGACAGCGUUGAAGGUUCUGGACAAGACAAAGUCAUCAGUGAGCCUGCCGCUGCCGAAAGACAACGGCUACGUUGUGUUGGAGAUUCGGUCCUGGGGAGAGGGCGGGGACGGGCCGGCACACGAGAUUAUCGUGUCCCGGGACUCAGGAACUGGGAUGAUGGUACAGAAUGAUUGCUCCUCCACACUGCCCAGUCACCCUCUCCACCUCCUCACUGCCUUGGUUCUGCUCCCUCUUAUGUCACUGUCAGGCCUGUGAUCUCAGCCAAUCUGCGGACUUUUUACUUUUAAUGGCUUGAAACUAAAGCUCU